AUGGCUGGUUGGGCUAUGGGCAGCUUCGACUACACGUUGCUCUUAGACCUCGUUGACCAGAAGAUUUCGGUUAUCGACUACGUGAAGGCCAACUACCUUUUCCUCGCACUGAUUGUCGUGUCCAUCUUGUUGCUCCUUGUCUGGUUUUUCUUCUGCUUGCCAAAGGUUUGCUGCCGGUGGUACCGCAAGUGCUGCUGCUGCAUCCGCGAGCGAAAGCACCAGUUUGGCUUCACAGGGAGGCUGAUUGUUGUUGUGGUUGGUGGAAUCGGCGUCGGAUUGGCCUUUGUCUUCGGCACGACGACGGCCGCAACAGAGGCCUCAGGCAUCAACGGCGCGCAAGCCCUCCAGUGCCACAUGUAUACCACAGUUGGUGAGAUGAUCAAAGGCUCCGACCCUGAAGUUGAAGAGAAGGCGCCUUUCAUCGGCGUUUCCCCUCUGCUCCAAGACAUCAGAGACUUGUCUGUCAAGCUCGACACGUCGAACCCAGACAGCCUACUGAAGGACCUUCGCGACCAAGUCAGCGAAGACUUUGACUUCACGCGAGAGCUCGCCGGCGCUAGGGGCAGCUUGAAGGCCUUCCGAACGGGAAUGGAAUCUGCGAGCCUCGACGGGUCCUACCAUAUUUGCUACGGCUGCAAGUCGAUAGCGGAUUCCACGAUUCAGGAUCUCCUCAACGGAUACGAGAAAGUGCUGGAGACGAAUAUGGAUCUGACCUCACUCAUCGACCAAAUGUUCGAGGAGUUCACGUUCCCGACAAUCGUCCUCGACAAAAUCAUCCCGGUCAACGAGGUGGAACGCGUCAUCAAAAACGCGACAGACACUCUGGCGCAGACGCAGCCGGCGAUAUCGAGUUCGCUGACCAUGACGGAAGUCGUGUUGUCUCUCGCAUGCACCUUUGUGCUCCUGAUGACGAUCUUGGGGGCCAUCUGGCUGGCGUUUUUCUUCAUCCGAAGCAGAAAAACCGGAACCAAGCUGGCGUGUGUGCAGUGGAACGUCCUUUGCAUCUGCAUGUUUGUCAUGCUCCUCGUCGCCGGGCUCGUGGGAUUCGUCAUGGAUAUCCUGAUGCGCGGCUGCCAGUAUGUCAACACCGUGGUCGUGGAGCAAGAUGACUGGUCCUGGAUACUCGACAAAAUCGACCCCGACCGCCAGUCGCUCCUCAGCCCCCUCGUCGACGGCUGCCUUAUGGAAAAGGGCUCCGGCGACAUGAUUGAGAUCUUUGGCUACAAAGAGGAAUUCGACAGCAUGGUCGCCGACGUCGAGGCUGCCAUCAAGGACGCAGUCGCGAACCUGCCCGCGCCGCCCGAGCUCCCCAUCAACGAUCUGGACAGCUUCAAUGAACUGCUCCAGAGGCUCGGCUGGGUCGUCAGCGCCGACCCCAGCAAGGCGCCUGAGGCCAGGCGGAAGACGUUUCCCCAGUUCUUGACGAGCGGCCUGCAAGUAGAUGACGUCGAAGUGCGCCUCACGGAUCAACGCGGCCAAACGGUUCUCACGGGCCUCAAGACCCUGGAGGGCCUCGUGGCCCCGUGGAAGUUCGCGGCGCUCCGUCCCGACGAAGAACCCGACGAAUUCACAAUCGCCGACAAGUACCCAACCGAAAACGACCCGUUCCUGACGAACUGGCUUCAGACCUACACCCCUUCUGGAGGAGCACUUGCAAUUCCCGGCGUGGGCAGCGUGGAUGCGAAGGAGCUGAUGAAGAACGCAAUUUGGUGGAGUGUGGAGAAACAUAAGAUUUUGAACAAGGAGUUCAGCUGUCCCUUCUACGACGACAAAGAGGAAAAAGUCGUCGAGAAGACCUGCAAAGGCAGCGAGGUCUUCGCCUACGACCCUUCCGGCGAGACAAAGGGCUACCUCCUCGCGAGCGCCGACAGCAUGAUUUCUUGGAUCAAAACGCUGCUGACGCACGUCGAGGGAAGUAUUCCGAAAGGAACUCAAAGCGUGACGAGGAUUCUCUUGUCAAUCGUCGAGAAGGUGAAGCUCAUGAUCAAAGGCAUCAACUGCAAGUUCAUGAGACGUGCCUUCGUUCAAGGAUGCCUCAUCGCGUGCGACCAGACCUUCCUCGCCUUCUACAAGGCCGCAAGAUACUGCGCCGUGACUGCCGGCUUUCUCCUUCUCUGGAUAGCCGUGCUGCUCAUCGUGUGGAGGAAGCUCAAAGACAACCACACUCUGCAAAAACAAGCUUGUGACUAA